AGAUUGUAAUACAGAAAUAUCGGACAAAGUAAUCGUAGAACCACUGCAGUCAAACAAGACAAAACCUUUUAGAAAAUUGCAUAGCAUCUCUCAACAUUUAGAUAAAGAGAACUAUCUUAAUUUUUCUGAUAGUAAGUUGUCAUUUUUGUUACGUCCUGCGGACUCCGCGUACCUUGAAUUUGUUGUCGGGUGGGGCGGAUUGCAUUUUAUAUUAUACUACCAAAUGUUCACAUUCCGCGACCCUCCGAGAACUGUGACGUCACACACACAGAUUUCUCUUUCUUUUCUCUCUGCGUUAAUCACCAGAGUUUCCUCUAUUUCCGUCGGAAAGGAUCCAUUGAGUCAUUUUGGCCAUAUACCUCCUUUCCAAAUAACCUUGAAUAACUUCCCGUUCGGAGCAAUAAUUUUCUUUGAAGACGGACCGACCAGACAAUCUUUCAUGCUGUUAUAUGAUGUUGCCAGCCUUUGAUCUUCGGAAACUCACGCGUUUCCCACGUUAUUCAUAAAUUCCUAUCGCGCACAACCUCUGACUAACCCUAGCGAAACCUUGAAAUCUUUUACUGCCAUAGAUACCCGAUCCUUUAUCAUAUUUAUCUAAGAACCCUACUAAAACCCCACUUCCGAAAAGUUUGCAACAAAAUCCUAUACCCAUAUUUGGACAUAAACUUUGGAGCCUGACGCAACUUCCCAAACCCCACCUCUCGACCGAGGUGACGUUUUUGGUAAAGUAAAAAAGCUAUGCCACUUCUAUUUUUCUCCCGACCGACCCGCAGCCAGGACAGAGUCUUCUCUCCAACACCCCUUCAGGGUUUCUUGAUAACCAACCCUACUAGUGAGUCAGAUCAGUGUUCUUCAGUCAUCUAUUCUUCUGUGCAACGAUCUCGUGCACCCUUGAGACAUUGUGAGAGAUCCUGCUGAGACCAGUUUCUAGUUCUUGGCGCAACUUGGGUCCAUCCUCACAGAGACGCAGCAAUCACACCUUUCAUUGUUUACUAAGAUCAGAGAAGUCCAGCACUUCUCCAAAGUACUUAUCUUCUCAAUUGAGUACAGAUGAUGAUGAACAACCUACUACAUCAAGAUCAAAUAGUUCUACAAUGUUCAUGAGCACACUGUCUGUACAUAUGGAGCAGAAUCUCUUUAGGAGGAAACUAAAUGCUUCCCAAAAUAACAAAGCAAAGUUAUCUCUCUUUGAUCAAUAUGAUAGGAACAAUGAACAUAAAAAAAUUUAUCUGAUACAAUGAACUGCGAAACUACAAGAUGAAAAUGAAGAUGAUGUUUUACAAAAAAAAAGACUUUAAUGUCAGUUGAUAAUGAGAAAAAUCAAGCAUCUCCAAAUUCACAAGGACCGGUCGUAUCUAAUCUUGAUAGAGAUUUGCUUCGAGAUAUAUCAAGUAAACUGGAUAUAUUGCUGAUGAACCAACGUUGCAUCUUAAAUGAAAUAUUUCCUGGUGAAGCUACUGUAGAAAGACCCGAAAAUUGUCCUCCUCUUCCAUUACGAGAUAAGAAGUCAUUUGAAGAAUUCAACGAAUUUUUGAAGAAUAAAAUUGCGUACUCUCAGUUUGUCAGCUAUCUACAUGCACAUAUUGUUGAUGGUUCUGAUGAAUGGAGUGCUGCUACUUCUCUUAUGUCCAUCAUAUUGCACAAUGAUCUUGCAAGACUAAUUAGCUGGAAAAGAACUGGAGGAGUGAAAAUCUCUUUCUAUGCAACACAGAUUAAGGAGGCUUUGUUUUGUGUCAUAAUGAGCCGUUUUCAAAAUCAAUCGUUGAAGCAUGCUGAAGAUUCCAUAAAGCGCUGGUUGAAUACUUCUGGUCAACGUAAAUAAAGAAAUCAACAUAAUUUUUC